CCCGGGAGCCCCCACCUAGCACUGCCCAAGCCGCGGGGAGGGGCCCCUGCCGGGCUCCGGGGAGACUCGCCCGGGCCCACGGCCGCUGAGCCGCCCCCAACGACGCGCCUCGGACCGCGCAGCCUGAGGCGCCGGCACCAACGGCCCCGCGCGCGCCAGUCGGACCCCGCCCACCCUGGGGCUGCCGGGUGCACGCGCGUGUGCGAGACCCGCCCAGCGCGUGACGUCAGCGAGCAACGAGGAGGUUUACUCUGCUAUAAAAUGGAUACAGUUUGUCAUGGCCACUUUAAGUGUUAUAGGUUCCAGCUCAAUCAUUGCCUAUGCUGUCUUUCAAAAUGUAGUGAGAUCCCCAGAGGUGCGCCCUCUGUUCUACCUGAGCCUCUCCGACCUGUUUCUGGGGAUGUGCUGGCUCAUUGGGGUGCUUCUCUAUACCACGCCAACCACAAAUCAAGAUGUUGUCUGCUAUAAUCUUCAAACAACUGGUCAGAUAUUUUAUGUAGCCUCUUUUCUGUACACUGUCAACUAUACCUGGCAUCUGUACAUGGAUUUAAAGGUGAAAUACAAUCAGAACCUGUACAGCAUGUCCGCUCUGGCUUUAGAUCAUGCAAAUUGCAUUGGCCGAAUAGCAACAAUUUUGUCCAGUGUCAUCCCUUUCCUAUUAAUGGUUCCUGUGUUUUGUCUGGGCAACAGCAGUGAUUGCUACCAGAACUUCAGCCAGAAAAACGGGUGUCUCCUGAUGCACAUGGAAACAACCAUGCUCACUGACCAACUGCAAACCCAUGGUGGCUCUGUUUGUUCUGUGAUAUAUUUCUAUGGUGUUGGAGUCUUCCUGGUCUCCUUUCUGAUCAGCUUCAUAGCCAUUAUGGUUCUUCUCAUCCAAGCCCGAGCUUUAUACAAAAGGUUCAUAAACUCAACAGGAUUCCUGGGUGAUCAACAGUGGGCAAUGAUAAAGAUAGUGGAACAACGAGUGGUUUUCUACCCUAUCGCUUUCUUCUGUUGUUGGGGCCCAGCCGUCCUCCUCGGAACAGUGAAGUUGACUGUUUCAGUGAACAGCAGAAUCUGCAUGGCUCUUUAUAUUCUACAGGCUCUAACAGCAGCUUCCCAGGGGCUCCUAAACUGCCUCGUUUAUGGGUGGACCCAGCACACGUUCCGCUGCAUGAAACGCAAUGCUUGCCGUGACAUCGACACACAGACACCUCUCUUACGUUCCCAGAAGAAGUAUUAUGCCAGCACGUUCCCCACCAGCACCCAGGCAGCAGCUGUAGCUACAUCCACGGCAUUGUGACAAUUCCCUGCCCAGAAGGAGUGGGCAGCAUGUUGCCCUGCAGCCCUGGCUUGGUCAUGUCUGUAAGACAUCAGCCAGAGCUAUUCUGCUGAUUUUCUUGUUCUGAACUGUUUUGUCAGUAACACAUGCAGAGUUAGGCUGGAAAAGCCUGAGCACAUCUAGCUGGAGAUCAGCUGUUUUCACUGAAGAUCAUUAUUUAUUUUAUAGUUUUUUAUGAAUUUGUAAUGGAUUAUUUUACCUUUGUAAGCCAUUUAGUGCAGUCUUUUCCUUAUGAAACAUCUCCAGGAUUUGAUGGGAAUUGUAUAUCGAAGAUCCUUUACAGCUCCUUAAAGACAGUUCUCAUAAGGGUAGAUGACUAGAGGAUGUUUUUCUUACCUCAGUGAUUAUCAGCUAUUUGUAAUUACAAUUGAACAAUAAAGCCAAGGUGACUAUUUAUAAAUCAUGCCCUUCUACCUCCAUGCAAUAAUGCAAAGAAGUCCAACUCUGGCAGCUAAAUGCCAAUCACACUUUCAGGUUAAAAAUCACUGUGCCCUGUAAACCCAUUGAAGUUACAUCAUGUUUUUAUAAACUAUAUUUCUUUGCUUUAAAUUAACACCGAAAUUACUCUGAAAACAUAAUUUAAUUUUCAUCA